AUGCGUGCCUUUAGUUACAUAUUGUUAGGGUUACUAGCCCUCACAACAAUCCACGCUAAACGUGUUGUUUAUGAUAUGAACGUUACAUAUAUUGAAAACGUGAACCCUGACGGCCUUAAAGCACGUCGAGUUAUUGGUAUCAACAACCAAUGGCCUAUUCCGCCAGUGGUUGUUGACUACGGUGAUACUUUGGUCAUGAAUGUACAUAAUUCCUUAGAUAACCCUACUACUCUUCACGCUCACGGUCAGUUCCAAAAUGGUACCAAUUGGAUGGAUGGUCCGUCCGGAGUGACGCAAUGCCCUAUUCCUCCUAAUUAUGACUUUACUUAUGAGUUCAACAUUACUCAGAACGGUACUUAUUGGAUGCACAGUCAUUACGGUAGUCAAUAUAUGGAUGGUUUCCGUAUGCCUUUCAUCAUCAACAAUCCUGAAGAACCCUAUAAAUACGACGAAGACGUCACUAUUACUCUCUCAGAUUGGUACCAUGACGAAAGUGAAGUCGGCCUUGCCACCUUCUUGUCUGUUUAUAACCCCACUGGUGCUGAACCUGUCCCUCAAUCCGCUUUGAUUAAUGAUAACCGUAAUACUUCCUUUGAAUUCGUUCCUGGCAAAACCUAUCGUUUGCGUAUCAUCAACAUGGCCAGUUUUGCCACCUUUUAUUUCGAUAUUGAUGGUCAUGAUAUGGAUAUUAUUGAAUGUGAUGGUGUUUACACUGAACGUACGACUGUACAAAGUCUCUUCUUGACAACCGCCCAACGUUUCUCUGUUCUUGUUACUGCUAAAAACUCGACUGGAUUCAACUAUUAUAUGCACGCUGACAUGGAUACUGUUAUGUUUGAUACUAUUCCUGAAGACUUGAACCCCAAUGCAACGGCCCCUAUCUACUACGACCGUAAACAUAACAACUUUGCCCCCGAACGUCACAUUGGUAUGGCGAGUACUUUUGACGAACAAGUCGACGUUAUUCCUCUGGAAAAAGAAGCCGCUGCUCCUUACGACCAUCAAAUCAACCUUACCAUUGAUUUCCAAGUCACCAACGACGGUAUCAACCGUGGUAUGUUCAAUUACAUUCCCUUUAUCGCCCCCAAAGUUCCUUCGCUUCAUACCUUAUUCAGUACCGGUGAAUAUGCUAUGAGCGAAGAGGUUUAUGGUCCUUUAUCCAGAGCCUUCGUUCUCAAGCACAAUGAUAUGGUCGAAAUUGUCCUCAAUAACUUGGACGCUAAUAACCAUCCUUUCCAUUUGCACGGUCAUGUCUUCCAAAUGGUGGGUCGCGGUGAAGGCGUUUACGACGGCAACACUUCCAAUGUCGAAUGGUUCAACGACAAUCCUCCACGUCGUGAUACCCUGCGUGUCGCUGAUGGUGGUUUCUCCAUUAUCCGUUUCCGUGCAGAUAACCCAGGUGUUUGGAUUUUCCAUUGUCACAUUGACUGGCAUUUGGAAUCGGGUCUUGCUGCUCUCAUGAUUGAAGCCCCUGAUGUUGUCCAAAAUACAAUGAAGUUGCCCCAAGCCUUUAUGGAUGUCUGCGAAGCUGGUAAUAAUCCUGCCACAGGUAAUGCUGCCGGUAAGGAAGGUUUGGAUUUGAAGGGUGCUCCUUCUGGUAUUGGCAUGCCUUAUGAUGGCUUCACCGCCAAAGGAAAAGGUGCUAUGGCUGCUUGUAUCAUCUGUGCUCUCAUCGGUAUGGCCUCUAUUAUUUGGUAUGCCUUCAAUGACCCCGUCAACACGGCCCGUGAAAGAAUGGGCAGACCUCCUAGUCGUGGUUAA